UUGCUUUUGGAUGGCAAUGACAUGGAGGAGAUUCCGUUCCGUAAGGUCAGGACAAGAAGGAAGAAGUGUCCCUACGCCCCGGCCUCUGCUCUGGACACGGUCAGCUGCGAAGACGAGUUUGACUGCAAGGAGCUGGAGUUACUGUUCCAGAAUUACAACCUGAAGCUGGAGCAGACGGCGACCCUCAAAGCUUUGGCCAUCCUCAUCAUCAUGACAGCCACUCUGGCCAUGGUGGAGUUAAUGUCCGGCCCGCGGCUGACCAUCUCCAAAGGCUCUCACCCGGUUCACUGCAUCAUCUUCAUCUCACUGUUUAUCAUCACGAACGUCAAGUAUCUCCAGGUCACCCAGCUCCAGCAGAUCGUCAAGCUGAGCCUGCUCUUCGCCUUCACCUCCUCCUUCCUCUGCUGUCCCUUCUCGCUCGGAACCUAUGGCUUGGAGCCGCCGACCUCCCCGGAGCACGGCAUGUGGCAGCUGAUGUUGGUCACUUUUGUCGCCUACUCGCUGCUGCCCGUUCGGACCUUGCUGGCCAUCAUCUUUGGCCUGAUGGUGGCCGUUUCCCACAUCAUAGUUACCGCCACCUCGGUGACAUCCAGAAGGUCACGACUCUGGCGUACGCUUGUGGCCAACGCUGUUCUGUUUGCCAGUGUGAACGUGUCCGGAGUGUUUGUGAGAAUCCUGACGGAGAGAGCCCAGAGGAAAGCCUUUCUACAGGCGAGGAACUGCAUCGAGGAACGGCUUCGGCUGGAAGAUGAAAACGAGAAGCAGGAAAGACUUUUAAUGAGCCUUUUGCCUAGAAAUGUGGCAAUGGAGAUGAAGGAAGAUUUCCUGAAGCCUCCUGAAAGGAUAUUUCAUAAAAUAUAUAUCCAAAGACAUGACAAUGUCAGCAUCUUGUUUGCCGAUAUUGUGGGUUUUACCAGUUUGGCUUCACAGUGCACCGCACAGGAACUUGUCAAGCUUUUAAAUGAACUCUUCGGCAAGUUUGAUGAAUUAGCCACGGAGAAUCAUUGUCGAAGGAUUAAAAUACUUGGGGAUUGCUAUUAUUGUGUAUCAGGUCUUACUCAGCCAAAAACCGACCACGCUCAUUGUUGUGUUGAAAUGGGAUUAGACAUGAUUGACACAAUCACGUCUGUAGCUGAAGCCACUGAAGUUGAUCUCAACAUGCGUGUGGGUCUGCAUACCGGGAGAGUGCUGUGUGGGGUCCUUGGUCUCCGCAAGUGGCAGUAUGAUGUUUGGUCCAAUGAUGUUACUCUGGCUAAUGUAAUGGAAGCUGGUGGUCUACCUGGAAAGGUUCAUAUAACAAAGACCACCUUGGAGUGCCUGAAUGGAGAUUAUGAAGUUGAAGCAGGAUAUGGGCACGAGAGAAACAGUUUCCUUAAAAAGCAUAACAUUGAAACCUUCUUCAUCGUGCCCUCUCAUCGAAGGAAAAUUUUUCCUGGAUUGAUUCUCUCAGAUAUAAAACCAGCAAAGAGGAUGAAAUUUAAAACCGUCUGUUACUUACUUGUUCAACUUAUGCAUUGUCGGAAGAUGUUCAAAGCUGAAAUCCCCUUUUCCAAUGUGAUGACAUGUGAGGAUGAUGAUAAGAGAAGAGCAUUGAGGACAGCAUCUGAAAAAGUCAGGAAUCGAUCAUCUUUUUCUACAAAUGUUAUACACAACACUCCAGGAACGCGAGUGAAUCGAUACAUCAGCCGAUUAAUUGAAGCUCGGCAAACAGAGUCUGAAAUGGCAGAUUUACACUUUGUUACUUUAAAGUACAAACAAACUGAAAGGGAGCAGAAAUAUCAUCAACUUCAUGAUGAAUAUUUUACCAGUGCAGUCAUCCUCUCAUUGAUACUUGCUGCCUUAUUUGGCCUUCUGUACCUUCUCAUAAUACCACAGAGCACCGUGGUCCUUGUCCUCCUGGUAUUCUGCAUUUGUUUCCUGGUUGCUUGUAUUAUGUAUCUCCAUGUCACUCGAGUGCAGUGUUUUCCAGGGUGCCUGACAAUACAAAUUCGAACCAUUAUCUGCGUCUUCAUAGUAAUCUUAACUUAUUCUGUGGCCCAGGGAUGUGUGGUUGGCUGCAUGCCUUGGCUAUGGACUACCAACUCGAGCAGCUCCAUUGUUAUUAUUGCCGCCGAUGGGCUUAAUAAAACGAUGGCUGAAUUGCCCUGUGAUGCAGCCCAUUAUGCUUUUCUUGCUUGUGUUGUUGGAACACUAAGUCUUGCGAUAUUCUUGCGCAUAUCUUCAUUACCAAAAAUGAUCCUACUUUUCAUUGUCACUAUUUUGUAUAUAGUAGUUUUUGAGAUUAGUGGAUACAGAAGAGCAAUGGGACGUGGCUCGUUUUAUAUAAGAGGAUAUGAAUCCAUUUUGGCAAUCCUACUUUUCUCUUGUGCACUUGGACUUCACUCCAGACAACUGGACCUAAAGUUGCGUUUAGACUACCUCUGGGCAGCACAGGCUGAAGAAGAGAGAGAUGAUAUGGAACGGGUAAAGCUUGAUAACAAACGAAUUCUCUUCAAUUUACUCCCAGCACAUGUUGCGCAACAUUUUUUGUUGUCCAAUCCACGAAAUAUGGACCUCUAUUACCAGUCUUAUUCACAAGUGGGCGUGAUGUUUGCCUCAAUUCCCAAUUUUAAUGACUUUUAUAUUGAGCUAGAUGGUAAUAACAUGGGAGUUGAAUGCUUGCGUCUCUUGAAUGAAAUAAUAGCCGACUUUGAUGAGUUAAUGGACAAGGAAUGCUAUAAGGAUAUAGAGAAAAUCAAAACAAUCGGCAGCACUUACAUGGGAGCAGUUGGCCUUGUACCCACAACUGGAACAAAGGCAAAGCGAUCAAUUUAUUCCCACCUGAGUACACUGGCAGAUUUUGCAAUAGAAAUGUUUGACGUUCUAGAUGAAAUCAACUAUCAAUCAUACAAUGACUUUGUCUUAAGAGUUGGUAUAAAUGUUGGACCUGUAGUGGCAGGUGUGAUUGGAGCAAGACGACCACAGUAUGACAUCUGGGGAAACACUGUAAAUGUUGCCAGCAGAAUGGAUAGUACAGGGGUUCAAGGCAAAAUUCAAGUAACUGAAGAUGUCCAUCGAAUGCUCAACAAACACAACUACGAGUUUGUCUGUCGGGGCAAAGUCAGUGUAAAAGGAAAAGGAGAAAUGCUGACAUAUUUCCUUGAAGGAAAAGUGAAUGAGAAUCCACAAAUAAGCUCAACAAAUUUAGUGAGAAAAUUAUAUCCAGAUGGAAGAGCAAAGAUAGCGGCAAGCUGUCCCUCAGUGUCCUCAGUAGCCAACUUCACAGUAAAAGCUGGACUUGGAGCACUUCAAGCCUCUACAAUGCAAACAAAUCAAUCUGUGCAUUUUGUUCCACCCAUACCAAUUGUUGAACAAGCAUAAUGGAUUUCGACAUAAAAAUGAAGUUGACAUUUUGAGCUGGUAUGUGGGUGAAAAGCAAUUAAUGAUGGCAGGAUGCAAUGAUCUUUCCAAAAGAUUUUGGCACUUGGAAGUCAGGCACUAAAGAGAGGAAUGUUUGCCUGGAGCAAUCCCCAGGAGGCUGUUGGUUAUCAGCGUCAAGAAUCGCUGCGAUUGAACCAAAGAUUAAACUUUGGAUGUUGUUACAAAAUACAAUUCUUGGAAUGGCAAAUUAAGGGCUAACUAUCUGUUAGAAGAAGCAAAGAGCUACAUUAUUGGCAUAGAGAAUUAUCUUUCUAAAUAAAGAAUAUUAGAAAUCUGAAUCAAACUUAACUAGUUUGUACAUUUUAAAGUUUCUGCAUGUUUUCUAAAUGUACAGAACACAUUUUACCACAUGACUUUUGAGUUAUAAAAUUAGUACUCAUUUUUACUUCAGUGGCCAAUAGAUGAUUCUAAGUAUUAUGAAAAUAUUUGUGUAAUAUUGCCUUAUUUGUUUUCGUUUUCAAAUAUCUAUAGCAUUUUCAAAGUCUGCCUUUUUCAUAUCAUACACUGUAUUUAUUGUAUGUAAUUUCUGUAAAUAAUUUUAUUAAUUAUACAGUAUGGAUCGUGUAUGACAUUGAAAAAGCACAUGCCAGGUGAAUAUUUCAUUAAAUUUUUAUAACAGAGUUUUACUUAAGUAAGUAUAACUACUACAUGCUUUAAAAGUUGCAGUGUUCCUUCUUUUGUCCACCAUAACUUAUAUUCAGACCUAUCAAAUAUCAAAGCUAUGGAACUCCCAUGAAAUAUAGGUAACCUUUGCCAAAAGGUUACUAGUAGUUUACAGUGACAGAGCACUUGCUGAAUGGUGAAAACCUUUCUGUACCAUUUUGUCCCCAAGUACCAUAACUAUUACUCUGUAGCAAUAAAACUCAGCUGUAAUAAUAUAUAUUGAACAAACUGUAGAGAUUACAGAAUGUUAAUGGGUUUAUCCUGCACUACCGACGUCUGAUACUUCCACAAUCUAGUCAAUGUAAGGCAUCAUCUAAGGAAGACUGCAGCUCAACAGGUGAGAGAAGCAGGUUGGGGACUGUAACAUUUUUCAAACGCUGUGGCCUCUGUAUUAUGUAAAAUGUUUUACAGACCAUUUAUUUUAUGCUUUAUCACACAAAUGAAAACACUGCUAUGUGUUUAUGUGUUUUUUUAAACUGUAAUUAGCUUGCUAAUUUUCCAUAUUUAAAUACGGGUCUAUUUUUAUGUGCAUAUUGAAUAUUGUAGAAUAUCUUUCAGUCUCUUUUGGAACUGUAAGAAUGACCUAAGGAAUCAAAUAUUUGUCCUACCUUUUAUGUUAAAAGUGGAUAAUAUUCAUGGAAAUGUUAAAUGUGAAUGUAAAUUUCUAAUUAUAACUUUUAUACUGAGUGUUUGCACUAUUAUAAUUUCUUCUGAGUCCUAUAAAAAAGUAAAGAAAAA